AUGGCGUAUUCUUAUAGCAUAGAAGAAGCACCUUCCGACGAUGUUCCUAGCGUAGAAUACGACAUCCGACGCGCAAAGAAAUUUCUCCAGAAACACAGCUCGGAAUCGGGUGACAGCUUGUACGAUCAUUUAACCGAGCUUUUAGCAAAAAUCUUGUCCGAGCAACCACGAAACGCUGUCGACAUCUUUGAGCAAUACAGCAGAAAAAUAAAGGACGAGAGAUUUAAGACUAAGACGGACCAUCUUCGGGAUUUAUAUGUACCACCCGUGCAGUACGACGAUGCCAAGAAGCUCAUUAGGCUCUUCCAGAGUGUAAAGCAGAUUGACGAAGGCGAACAGGAGAGGAUGGAGGAAGAGGAGGAGAAGGACGAGAAAAAGAAAUAUCCCGACAUGCUGGAUCUUUUGUUCUACUUCGAGCAGACGGGGGUAGGAUUGCCGCGAGGCGAGAUGGUAUUGCUUAAUUUGUCCAUUCGAAAACUCGCCGCCACGACACCGCUUGAAAAUAUCAGGUUUUGGGGUAAAGUACUCGGGAAACCUCACAAUUAUUAUGUGGUGGAAGCUGAACUUCAGCCAACUGAGCUUGCUCGAAGAUUGGAGCAGGAGGAAGCUGAUGAGCAAGCUCGACGAGAGGAAGAGAGAGUCGAAGCCGAAACAACGGCGGCGGAUCUCGCGAGGGGAGAAGUCGCGACAAAAACGGGAAAUGAAGCCUUGGAGGGAAUCGGCGGAGCAGCGGAAAUCCCGCGCGAGGACGCAGCAGGAGAAAAGCCUUUGGAAUUUGUAUUUCCACCCCUGCCUGUUAAUCCGUGGAAACCGCCGCCGGAAGUACCAGCCGAAAGAAUCGGCGGCGGCCUCAAUAAGAAGGUGCGCGUUUACGGGCUCUCAAUUACCACGGUGUAUUUUGUAUGCAACGCGCCCGGGUUGGACGAGUGGAUCGAACUUCCGUCGGUUACACCGCAGCAGAUAGUAAUUGCACGACAGAUUGUCCGAUACUGCACGGGAAACUUGGAGACACCGAUUCACAGUUUUCCGCCGUUCCCUGGUACGGAGAAAAAUUAUCUCCGUGCACAAAUUGCAAGGAUCAGCGCAACUACUCACGUUUCGCCGAUCGGUUUCUUCACGCUCGGUGGAGAAGUUGAGGAUGAAGAGAUAGAAGAAGAAAGGGAGAAAGAAGGUUUAAGAGAAAACAUACAUUAUGAACCACUGUCCAUCGAGGCUCUCGUGGAUCCGUCCAUGUCAAAUUGGUGCCAUCAUAGCCCAUAUAUUCUCAAACAAGGUCGGACUGUCUGGUGGAGUCCCGCGAAAAAAGAAGAAAUCGCGGACGAAGAAGUCAAAGAAGAAGAAGAAGUAGUAGAACUAGAAGAAGUCGAUAUCAAAACGGUCGAGAAAGAAAUCGCGCCACCUCUCUUGACUCCUCUGUCUGAAGAUGCUAUUAUUGACUCGGUGAUACCAUGGACUGCCAGACAAUCGUCGUACAUUCAACCAGAUAUUGCAAUAGCUUUGGUCAGAUCAAACGUUUGGCCCGGAGCAUUUGCAUUUGCCGCUGGACAACGCUUCGCCAAUGUGUACAUCGGUUGGGGCCACAAGUAUAACGCGUAUAAUUAUAGUCCUUCCAAUAUGCCACCUAUCCAAGAACAGUAUAAAAUUGGACCAGAAAUCAUGGAAAUUCGUGAUCCAACUGUCGAGGAAGAAGAAGCGUAUCGAAAGAUGAUCUCACCGCCAGCAAUACUCAUGAAAGUCGUAGAAGAAGAAGAAGAAGAAGAGGAGGAGGAGGAGGAGGAGGAGGAGGAGGAUGAAGAAAAUUAG